CCAGACCUCACAUUUCCUCGGCAGAUCGCUUGCCGGAGGGUCCUCUAGCGACGGUGACUGUGGACUGUGUGUACUCGUGGGAAAGUUGAGCCGUCAUGCGUGUAGUGGUGGUGUGGGUGGCGGUGGUGGCGGUCGGCCUCAGCUGUGCUGCCAAGUUGGACCACUUGACGGGCAAGGGUGAAGGAUGCGACUGCGACCAAGGUGGACCUGGCAGCAAGACACCCAUUGGAAGCUUCUUCGUGGCACCGCUUCCAUCGGGGGGCACCCACACCUCCUUCGCUGGGUUCGGAUCCCCUUCAAAGAUAAAGCCCGGAGGAGGAGUCCUGGGGUCGUCGUUCCAGACGUCCGCCACCCAAGGCAGCGGGUCGUCCUCGACAAGAGGGUCGUCUGCAGGUGGUUCUUUCACAUCUUUUGCUGGAUUUAAUACUGGAAGUAGCAGCGCUGCUUCCAAAGGGUCGUUCCAUUCUGGCUCUUAUACCUCAUCACAAGGCGCUGGAACGGGAGGAACUGUGGCUGCAAGCGCACAAGCUCCUUUUGCUGGAACCCGCAGGGCUGGAAGCACUGGAAGUGGAUCUUCCUCUGGUGCAUAUGGAGCGACGUCAGGCUCACCAAAGCCUGGAAGUCCAUUCGGCACUUCUGGCACUCCUUCGAGAGCUCCUGGAUCUGGAAGUAGUUUUUCGUCUGGUGGAGGGCUUGGAAGUGGGUCUGGAAGACCUGGUACUGGAAGUUCUUCAGCUGCAGGUCAACGUCCUGGAAGUGGACUCACUGGAUUGGGCGCAUCAUCUAAGACGAAACCAGGAGGUGGAGUCCAGGGCGCAUCCUUCCAGUCGUCAGUCACUCACCGCAGCGGGUCCUCUCCGGGUAGUGGGUCGCCUGCUGGAGCUGGUCGUGGUAGUGCUGGUGGGUCGACCACCAGCGGGUCUUUCACAUCCUUCGCUGGAGAUGGUGCUGGAAGAGGCAGCGAUGCUUCCAGAGGUUCAUUCCAUUCUGGCACCUUUACCUCAACAUUAACCGGUGGAACGGGGCCUUCGGGUUCACGUGGUUCAUUAGGCACCUCUGGUACUCCUUCGAGAGUAGGCGGCCCUGGAAGUGGGUCUACAUCAUCUGGAGGCAGAUAUUCUUCCUCUUCACAUAAAACGUCGUCCAGCACGCCAGGGUCUGGAACGACUGGUGGGGGAAUUUCUUUUAGUGCACACAGUUCUUCAGCUGCUGGUCAGUUUCCAGGAAGUGGUUCUGGAAGUGCAUUCACUGGAUUCGGUUCACCUUCCAAGACAAAACCAGGAGGAAUCCAGGGCUCGUCCCUCCAGGCGUCAGUAACUCACCAAAGUGGUGGUGCUUCUGCUGGAGCUGCUCAUGGUGGUAGUAGUGGUGGUGGGUUGACCACCAGCGGCUCUUUCACAUCCUUCGCUGGAGAUGGUGCUGGAAGCGGUAGCGAUGGUUCCAGAGGAUCAUUCCAUUCAGGCACCUUCACCUCAACAUUAACCGGUGGUACGGGGCCUUCAGGCUUUGGAACUGGAACCCAUGGUUCCGGAACUGGAACCCAUGGUUCUGGAACUGGAUCUUCCCUUAGUGGUCACGGUUCAUCCACCUCACCCGGGUCUGCAAGUGGCCUUACGAAACCUGGAAGUUUGUCAACAAGAGCUGGAAGUGGUUUCUCAUCUACUAGUUAUGGAUCUUCCUCUGGAUCACGUGGAUCUGGUACAGGAUUUGGUGCUGGAACUAAAACUGGCUCUGGUGCUGGAUUAGGGUCUGGUGCAGGAACGGGUACUGGAUUUGGUGCCGGUACUGGUGCUGGAUUUGGUACUGGUACCAAAACUGGCCAUGGAGCUGGAGCUGGAUUAGGUGCUGGUGCUGGUACUGGUGCUGGAUUUGGUACUGGUACCAAAACUGGCCAUGGAGCUGGAGCUGGAUUUGGUACUGGUACUGGUGCUGGAUUUGGUACUGGUACCAAAACUGGCCAUGGAGCUGGAGCUGGAUUUGGUACUGGUGCUGGUACUGGUGCUGGAUUUGGUACUGGUUCUGGUGCUGGUACUGGUGCUGGUGCUGGUGCUGGAUUAGGUACUGGUGCUGGAUUUGGUACUGGUACCAAAAUUGGCCAUGAAGCUGGAGCUGGAUUUGGUACUGGUGCUGGUACUGGUGCUGGAUUUGGUACUGGUACCAAAACUGGCCAUGGAGCUGGAGCUGGAUUUGGUACUGGUGCUGGUACUGGUGCUGGAUUUGGUACUGGUGCUGGAUUUGGUACUGGUGCUGGUUCUGGUGCUGGAUUUGGUACUGGUACUGGUGCUGGAGUUGGUACUGGUACCAAAACUGGCCAUGGAGCUGGAUUUGGUACUGGCACUGGUGCUGCAUAUAGUGCUGGAACUAAAACUGGCCAUGGAGCUGCAUUUGGAUCUGGUACUGGUACUGGUGCUGGCCCUGGUGCUGGUACUAGGGCUGGAUUUGGAACAAGUACUGGUACUGGUGCUGGAUUUGGUGCUGGAUUUGGUACUGGAACUAAAACUGGCCAUGGAGCUGGUUUUGGAACAAGUACUGGUACUGGUGCUGGAUUUGGUGCUGGAACUAAAACUAGCCAUGGAGCUGCAUUUGGAACAAGUACUGGUACUGGUACUGGGGCUGGAUUUGGAACAAGUACUGGUACUGGUGCUGGAUUUGGUGCUGGAACAAAAACUGGCCAUGGAGCUGCAUUUGGAACAAGUACUGGUACUGGUGCUGGUACUGGGAUUGGAUUUGGAACAAGUACUGGUGCUGGCUCUGGUACUGGUGCUGGAACUAAAACUGGCCAUGGAGCUGCAUUUGGAACAAGUACUGGUACUGGAUUUGGAACAAGUACUGGUACUGGUGCUGGAUUUGGUGCUGGAACUAAAACUGGCCAUGGAGCUGCAUUUGGAACAAGUACUGGUACUGGUGCUGGCCCUGGUGCUGGUACUAGGGCUGGAUUUGGAACAAGUACUGGUACUGGUGCUGGUACUGGUGCUGGCUCUGGUGGUGGAUUUGGUGCUGGAACUAAAACUGGCCAUGGAGCUGGUUUUGGAACAAGUACUGGUGCUGGAUUUGGAACAAGUACUGGUGCUGGAUUUGGAACAAGUACUGGUACUGGUGCUGGCUCUGGCGCUGGUAUUGGUGCUGGCUCUGGCGCUGGUACUGGUGCUGGAUUUGGUGCUGGCACUAAAACUGGCCAUGGGGCUGCAUUUGGAACAAGUACUGGUACUGGUGCUGGAUCUGGUGUCCAUGGGUCCAUUGCACCAGGAUUUAGUUCCCAAUUCACCAAAGUAACCUUCACCAGUGACCACAAACCUGGAUUUGGUGCCCAAAGAACCGGAUUUGGUCCUACCGUCUCUGGCACCGGUGCCGGAUUCGGAGUGAGCACUAGAACUAGUUCUGGUACAGGAUUAGGUGCUGAUAGUGGCACUCGUUCCGGUGCUGGAUAUGGAACUAGUUAUGCAACUGGAACUAAAACGGACUCUGGUUCUCGGUUCGGUGCAGGUUCUGGUGUUGGCACUAAAACUGGGACUGGGGCUGCAUUUGGAACCGGUCCUGGGUCUGGGGUUGGUUCUGGGACUGGAUUUGGUACUAGUGCUGACCGUGGUGCUGGAUUUGGCGCUGGAACUGGUACUGGUGUUGGAACAAAAACUGGUCAUGGAGCUGGAAGUGGUACUGGUGCUGAUCGUGGUGCUGGAUUUAGUACUGGUACUAAAACUGGCGCUGGUACUGGUUCUGGAUUUGGUUCUGGGACUGGCUCUGGUGCUGGAUUUAGUACUGGUACUAAAACUGGCGCUGGUACUGGUUCUGGAUUUGGUUCUGGGACUGGCUCUGGUGCUGGAUUUGGUACUGGUACUAAAACUGGCGCUGGUACUGGUUCUGGAUUUGGUUCUGGGACUGGCUCUGGUGCCGGAUUUGGUACUGGUACUAAAACUGGCGCUGGUACUGGUUCUGGAUUUGGUUCUGGGACUGGCUCUGGUGCCGGAUUUGGUACUGGUACUAAAACUGGCGCUGGUACUGGUGCUGGAUUUAGUUCUGGGACUGGCUCUGGUGCCGGAUUUGGUACUGGUACGAAAACUGGCUUUGGUGCUGGUGCUGGAUUUGGUACUGGUACGAAAACUGGCUUUGGUGCUGGUACUGGUUCUGGAUUUGGUUCUGGGACUGGCUCUGGUGCCGGAUUUGGUACUGGUACUGGAAGUGGUACUGGCGCUGAUCGUGGUGCUGGAUUUGGUUCUGGUACCACAUCUGGCUUUGGGGCUGGAUUUGGAGCUCAUGGCAAGCCAGGUAGCCAAGAUUCAAGGGGUUCCGGCACUUAUGUCAGCAGUAAGUUCACUUCCACAAGGACUGGUGUUGGUUCUGGCACUGGUUCUGGCCUAGGAUCUGGUGCAGGCACUCAAACAGGCUCUGGAGCAGGAUUUGGCGCUGGAACUAAAACUGGCUUUGGUACUGGAACUGGUGCUGGAUCUGGUGCUGGAUUUGGAGCCCUUGGUGCUGGAUCUGGUGCCCAUGGUCCUGGAUCUGGUGCUGGAUCUGGAGCUGGAUCUGGUGCCCAUGGUCCUGGAUCUGGUGCUGGAUCUGGAGCUGGAUCUGGUGCCCAUGGUCCUGGAUCUGGUGCUGGAUCUGGAGCUGGAUCUGGUGCCCAUGGUCCUGGAUCUGGUGCUGGAUCUGGAGCCUUUGGUGCUGGAUCUGGAGCCUUUGGUGCUGGAUCUGGUGCCCAUGGUGCUGGAUUUGGUGCUGGAUCUGGAGCCUUUGGUGCUGGAUCUGGAGCCCUUGGUGCUGGAUCUGGUGCUGGAUCUGGUGCCCAUGGUCCUGGAUCUGGUGCUGGAUCUGGAGCCUUUGGUGCUGGUGCCCAUGGAGCUGGAUCUGGUGCUGGAUCUGGAGCCUUUGGUGCUGGAUCUGGAGCCUUUGGUGCUGGAUCUGGAGCCUUUGGUGCUGGAUCUGGAGCCUUUGGUGCUGGAUCUGGAGCCUUUGGUGCUGGAUCUGGUGCCCAUGGUGCUGGAUCUGGUGCCCAUGGUGCUGGAUCUGGAGCUGGUUUUGGAGCCCAUGGUGGUUCCAGAUCUCACUUUGGUGCUGGUUCAGCUACUGGCUCUGGAACUCAAGUUGGUUCCAGCACAGGAUUUGGAUCUGGUACUGGGUUCGGUGCCCUUGGAGGUUCCAGUACUGGGUUCGGUGCCCUUGGGGGUUCCAGUACUGGCUUUGGCACUGGAAUCGGUGGCCUUCCAGGUCUUGGAACUGGAGGCUUCAAGGGAGCUGUUAGUCACUUCAGCAGCGGACACACCAGUACGGGUCCUGGAAGCCUCGCUGCUGGUAGCUCUUUCAGACACGGUUCUUCAGGCUUCAGCUCUCAAGCGUUCUCAUCGUCGUUCGCAUCAUCUGGAAGCUUCAGUACCGGCGGAACAGUUCACGCCGGCUUCUGCCCCAACGUUACUGACAAGUGUCCUAGUAAACAUGCAAAGAAGGCCACCAAAUGCAUCAGUGACGCCACGUGCGCACUUACUGAGAAGUGCUGCUUCGACGCUUGCCUGCAGAACGGGCCGGUUGAGCACUUCGUCUGCAAGCCGGCACUUACCAAGGCCCCCGCAUGGUAGCAACAUGGUGGCGGCGAUGGCAGUGGUGGUAAUGGAUGCUUGUGAUGCCAUAUUUUAGUAAGGACUCGUGGGUAGUGGCACUUCGUAAUUGCAGCUCCAGAUUGCAGUGUUUAUGAUGAUUGAUGAUGGUUCGCUGGAGAAAAGAUACUCCUGAAGGUAUAAAAGGGAUAAGAAGGAGUCAUCUUCUCUCAAAUCUGAUGAUCCCAUUACUCGUCAGGACGGAAACUAAACUGAUAACUAAAUUACUUCAUCAACAAACGAAAUUUCAGGUCUGAAAUCCGAUUUAAUGGUCAAGAUUUGGUCAUGUAUUUGACUGUAAACUCGAUAUCUAUGUUAUUACGAAUUACAGGUACCAAGCUUGUUUCCACAAAAUUGUGGUAAACCAAACUGUUCGUGAAUGAUGCCAUAAUUUAUCUGCCCUCCGUGACAUUAUAUAAUAAAAAAAUAAGUAUAU